CAUCCCUCAGUUGUAACAAGUCGUCUGACCAUUAUCCUCUGAUGGCUGAGAUCACCGAGCCAUUGCUGCCCCACAGAACUGCUGCUCACUGCAUAUUUUCUCUUUUUUGACCAUUCUCUAUAAACCCUAGAGGUGGCUGUGUGGGAAAGCCCCAGAGCUUCUGAAAUAUUCUGAUCCGCCCACCUAAACACCAACAACCACAAUAUAUACUAGAAAAUCUCUAGAUUACACUCAGCAGGCUAACUGUGCCAAUGUUAGCUAUUACUGCAAUACUUUGUACAUCUUUGCUUUGAGCCAUUGCAUGCUUUACUGAUGGCUAAAGUUAACGCCAUUUGAAAUCAUUUAGUAUCGUAGGUAAAGUAAUUUCACAAGCUAGCAUUUCUACUUGGUUAUGAUUUUACUACUGAUGACUUUCACAAACAACAUUCUGUUUUCCAGCUAGUUGUUAACUUAACACUUCACAAAUCUAGCAGUGCUACUUUGUGACACUGGAAAAGCUGAGUUAACACAACAGCCCUGGGCGUCUGAUUAAUCAAGUGAUCUCAUCCACUCGAGGCAGGUUGUCUCAGCAGAUGUUGCUGCAGACAAACAGGCGAGUGCUGAUAAAAGCAACCCGACAGUUCAAACAGAAACAGAAGGCGGAGACGAUGAUACAGCAGAUGAAGAGCCAUGUUCCACCUCGGCCGUUUUAGGGAAUAUUCUUGAUAAUACCAACCAGGAGUUCUUGGAGAUGCUGGUGGAAAACAUCACUAAGUCUCAUGACUUCACUUUGGAAUUCUUUCCUGACAUCUCCUCUGCUGUGGUGACUUUCCAGAGUGGAGAAGAAAAUGCUAAUUUUGUGGCAAAAUGCCCCCAAAACAAAAUGUUCACCAAGAAGGGAUUUUCUGUUCAACCUCUCGAAGUCACAAAGCAAGUUCUAGUUGACGACAUUCUACACUUCAGUGAAGAAGUUCUUCAGCUUUAUUUUGAAAAUGAAGGUGGGGAUGUGGAAGAGGUCUUCCUUAAUGAAGCGGAACAGUCUGCUGUCAUCACAUUUAAAGAUCAUCGAGCUGUUCAAAAAAUCUUCAAGAAGAAGCAUUCCAUAAAAAAGGAAGAAAUCAGAGUUUAUCCUUUUUAUAAAACUCUGGGAGUGGCCCUCUACGGCAAAGACAAACCUGCACUAAAACUUCCCGCUGCCAUCUCAGAGCCCAUUGACAGUGCUGUCCUCAGAUACCUAGCUCAAAAUACAUCAGCAGCAGAGACCAUUUGCAGUGAAAUGGACAAACACUUCUGCAUCGUAAACCUCGGCCAAACUACUGUGACCUUGAGUCCUGUGUCUUCUUUACUAAAGCAAAAGGAUGCUAAAGCCAUCAUCAAAGAGUGGACUGAUACUGUGAAGUCAGCGUUUGCACAAUCUGUGUCAAAGUUCAAAUCUGUGAAGUUCUGUCCAGAUUCAGAUGCAUGGAAAGAGUCUGAGGAAAAGAUCAGAGAGAUGUUACUGAAUGAAAAUGUGAUUGUAGUACCUGGUAAAGACAGUGGUGCUUUAUCAGUGGCUGGUCCUGUUAGUGAUGUCAACAGACUGGAGAAAUCUCUUUCUGAAACUAUUAACAAGAUUGCAAAAACGAUCCACAGGGACAAAUCAAGUAAAACCGAAGAGAUCAAAGUGUCACCAUCAGUUUUUCAUCUCCUGUGUCAGAAUGGCCUCAUGGACAAACUUCUACUUGUGUAUCCAGAACUCAAAUUGGCACCAGAGAGUCCUAAUCUGAAAAUAACUGGUUUGGGGGAAGAGAUUAAUGCAGCAAGCAAAGUUAUAUUUGAUGCAGUACUUGCAUUAAAACGACAGAAUCUGGAAGUAGAUAAAUAUGUGCUUGAACUGUUGAAGGAUGAGCAACAAGAGGAGCUUACAGGUGCUCUCCUCACAUCUCAUCAAAUAAACGCAGCGUUUGAAAUCAGUGGAAACAGGGUGCAGCUCCUUGCUGUUUCUGACACAGAUCUGUCUCAUGCUCAGGACCAUCUAGGACAGCUGUUAACAACUCAGUACAUUAAUGUUGAAGACAGUAAUGUCCUGAAGAAGCCAGAGUGGCAGCAGCUGGUCAGUCACUUAGAGCAGGCUAACAGUAAGCCAUGCAGAACUCGAAUCAACACAACUGCUCAACAAGUCGUGGUGUCAGGCUACAAGGAUAGUGCCAUAAAGGUUCAGCAUCAGCUUGGUGACUUCUUAACACAGAACGCUCACAUAGAAGAAACUGUUGUGGUCAAAGCUAAUGCUGUCGUUAAAUACUUGGAAGGUUUUAACACAUCUUGGAUGGAGAAAGUGAAAGACAAGGUGAGAGUGUCUUACAGAAAUGAGGCCAUCUGUCUGAGUGGAUCCAGAGUGAAUGUGACACAUUGCAAGACUGUGGUUGAAGGUGCCGUCUCUGCUGUAGUCUUUGACAGUCUGAAUGUUUACAAGUCUGGAGUGAAGAAGCUCUUCCAGGAAAAUGAAGCUUAUUUUUCCACAAUCAAAACUAAAACUGGUUGCCUGGUUCAACUAGUUAAUAAGCCAGGUGGUGGACAAGACAACGUUAAACAAGUACCAACACCUUUAUACCAACUUAAGAUGCCUGGAGGAGUAGAAAUUGCUGUUUACAAGGCAGAUAUGUGCACUUACCCAGUGCAGGCAGUUGUUAGUCCAUUUAAUCAAGACUUGAAACACAGUACUGGUCUUGCAGCAGCACUUUUGAAGGCUGCCGGCCCUCAGUUACAAGAUGAAUUUUACAAAAUGAAAAAAACAAAGGGUCAACUCAAGCCAGGAGACUGUGUCAUAACUGAUGCAGGAGGAACACUUUGUUGCCAAAAGGUCAUCCAUGCUGUGGCACCCAAGUAUGAAAAACCACAGCAAGCUUCAGCUCAGUUGAACAAAGUUGUUAAAGGAAGCUUAGAAUUUGCUGAGGCCCACGGAUGCGUCUCAGUAGCUCUUCCAUCUAUUGGCAGAGGAAUGCGCUGCUUUCCCCUCAAGCAGUGUGAACUCACCAUUGUUAAAGCAGUGAAGGAGUACUGUUAUGAGAACUAUGAUGACAUUACCUUGCAGAAGAUCCAUUUCGUGAACAAUGACGACAUUGCUGUUCAGGAUAUGGUGGCUGCUGUCAGGCAGGAGUUUGGAAACCUCAGUGACUCUCAUUUUCAACAAACUCCUCAUCUCACUGCUCCCACACAAUCAGUAUCACAGUCUACUGGAUCUGACCUGUGUCUGAAUCGUGUGCAGACCAAAGAAGGCGUGGACAUCGUUCUUACAAAGGGAAACCUAGAAGCUUCCACGACGGAGGUGAUUGUGAACACUGUGUCUUCAGACCUUGACCUCAACAGAGGUGCAGUCUCACAAGCCAUCUUGCGCGCAGCCGGACCCAAACUUCAGCAGUUAGUAGAUGCGCAGGGUGCUACUGGAAAUGUUGGUGAGAUCAUUAUUACUGAUGGCUGCCAACUAAAAAGCAAAAAAGUCUUUCAUGCAGUCGCACCUCACUAUAAGGAUCAAGCCACAUCUGAAAAGACUUUGAGAGGAAUCUUUAAGGACUGCUUGAACAUGGCAGAGGAUAAUAAUCUAACCUCCAUAUCCUUAUCAGCCAUUGGUGCUGGAAACCUGGGUUUCCCAAAAGAUCUUGUAGCCUCUUUGUUGUUGGAUAAAAUCUUAGAGUUUAGCAAAAAGAAACACCCCAAGCAUCUGAAGAAGGUCGUGAUUGUACUUUACCCCAGUGAUACACAAACUAUCCAGGCUUUCAGUGAUGAAUUUCAGAAGAAGUUUCCCAGCGCCUCAAGUGGUUCACCAAGUUCUACACAAAGUAAAGGAGGCCCCUUCUCUAAAAUCACCUCAACCUCAGACAUGCAUGAGACCAAAAUGGGCAAUGUGACUAUACAGGUAGUAACAGGAGACAUAACCAAGGAGACCGCUGAUGUCAUUGUCAACUCCUCCAAUGAAAACUUUACUCUUAAGUCAGGAGUGUCUAAAGCUAUUCUAGAAGCAGCUGGUCCGGCUGUUGAAGUGGAAUGUCGCAACCUUGGUGCUGAGCCCAACCCAGGCAUGGUAUUGACGAGCCCCGGUAACCUGAAGUGUAAAAAGAUCCUCCACCUGGCUGGACAGACAGACCCAGUAAAAAUCAACAAGACUGUGAAAGAUGCACUCCAGUUAUGUGUGAAAAGCUCUUUCACCUCUGUAUCGUUUCCUGCCAUCGGCACAGGUCAAGGCAAUGCACAGGCAAGACUGGUGGCUGAUGCCAUGCUGGAUGCAGUGACUGAUGUGUUGAGCCAAAACACUGCCAGCCCCCUGACUACAGUUCGCAUAGUUAUUUUCCAGAAACCUAUGCUUAAAGACUUCCACAGCAGUAUGCAACAGAGGGAAGCUGCUGAUCCCGAUUCUAAGGAUAAAGGAGGGUGGACCUGGGGAUGGAGCAAAUUCAAAUCAAUCUUUACUGGUGGAAGUGCUGACAAACCAAAGAAUGACAAAGAUUUUGUCAUUGACAGUCUGAAAGUGGAGGCUACUUGUUUCCACAUUUGCGGUGACACACAAACCAGUGUUGACUCUGCAAAGAAAUGGAUAAAUGACAAGAUAUCCCAAGAAUAUCACAGCAUGGAAAUUGGAGACAAUGCCAUCCUUUGUUUCUCUGAUGCAGAUCGACAGAAAAUUGUUGACAUGCAGAAGACCAUGGACAUCAGCAUAAGGACUGAAAGCAACAAGCCAAAAGCCACAAUCACUAUUGAAGGACUCAGCAGGGAUGUGCUCAAAGCUAACACUGAAAUCAUUAAAAUGAUGAGCAGGGUGAGAGACGAGGAGGAACUAAACAGGAAAGUGGAGCUGGCCAGCGCUGCGGCAGACUGGCAGUAUCAGCAGUCUGGGUUCCAGUUUCAGAGUUUUGAUGAAAUGACCAACUUCUACCUCGAGGAAGCACUGCAACAAAAUUUACAAACUGUAAAAGUUACAGUCAAGGGUCAAGAUUACACUGUCACCAUGCCAAAAGGACCUGCAACUGACAGCCAGGGAAAUAUCCUGGAGAUAAAGAGAAUUGACAAGCUAAAAGGUGAUGUUCCUGAAAACUGGGAACAAAUGAAACCUAACGCCACCAAUCAGGCUUUCCCAUUACAAGCUGGGAUACAGGAGUAUGAUGAAAUCCAGAAGCUGUUCCAGGCCUCGUGCAAACAAACCAUUAUCAAGAUUGAGAGGAUCCAGAACCCUACAUUGUGGAGCAGUCUACAGGUUAAGAAGCGUGACAUGGAGGUGAGAAAUGGUCACCAGAACAACGAGAGACGUCUUUUCCAUGGCACCUCCGAGGACACUGUGGCUACCAUUAAUGACCGUGGCUUCAACAGGAGCUUCGCUGGAAAGAAUGCUGCAUGCUACGGCAAUGGAACUUACUUUGCUGUCAAUGCAAGUUACUCUGCCAGCAAUACCUACUCCAAGCCUAAUCAGAACGGGGAGAAGUUCAUGUACGUCUGCCGAGUUCUGACUGGGGACUUUGCUCUUGGACAACAAGGCAUGAUUGUACCACCAGCAAAAGGCACCAGCACCAUUUCCACUGACCUGUACGACAGUGUUGUGGACAACAUGGCCAAUCCCAGCAUGUUUGUUGUCUUCCAUGAUAUCCAAGCUUAUCCUGAAUAUUUAAUUAAAUUCAAGUGAUGCAGCUAGUGAACAAGAUUGCAAAUCUUAACUAGAGAUCACCUUACGUCAUUACAUAUAAGGUGAUUACGUUACUCCAUAUUUUUAUUCUUGGACUCUCCUCGAGUCACAGUUCAAAAUGAUUACAUUAGAUGAAAGAUUUUAAUUUCCAGUACAUUAAAAAACAUGUAAGAACAUCAGCAUCAGCUUGAUUUAACCAACUAUUAUACAAGCAUUAAUCAGUGAAUGGAAAAAAAUAUGAAAGCAUUACAAAACAAAAUUUGUAAUGCACUUUGUAACAAAGGUUUACAUGUUAAUGCAGGUAAAGCUCAGAUUAAGAAUCACUUUGAAAGGAAAAGUUUAAAAGAAAUUAGUUGCUGCUCACAUAAACAAACCUGCAGAAAUGAUCAAGCACAACAAUUGUUCUGAAUGUUUAAAGUAUAACAAAUUUAAAGUGGCUUAUGUAUGCUUGAUGUUGUCUCUAUUUUUUUCCUCUUGAAGGUAAGCUAUGAUUUUGAAUUUUUAGUUUUUUCAGUUUUCCAAAUAGCAUCUGUUCCAGAUGUCUUUCUACAUUUGAUCUUUUCAAUGUGUAUGUUUUUUGUUUUGAACCUGAAAAACAGAAGUGUGACUACUAACAGAGAUGCUGAUUAAAGUUUUGUUUCCUCCAGUCAGAAGUAAU